CUGCGGCCAUCAGAACAAACUCAUACCCUAAGUAUCUGUGUCCUUUAAACUAUAAGCUACUGCCAUAUUAUGGUAUCCUGAACCCUUCUCCGUCCCCUGGAGAAAUCCCAUUUUGACAGUCCCAUGGGGGAAGCAAUGGUACGUGCCAGCUGCCUUUCGAAUACUUUUUGGCACUGCCAAGUGGCUCGUGUAACAACAGAGUUCUACCUACUUCUCAGCAAGGGCAUUAACUUCAGCCCUCCUUUUCUGCACGAGUGCCAGCUUUCAGAGAAGUUGGAUGGGUUUAGUUAUCUCUCAGACUUUUUUACUCCUAUUUCAGGUUGCCUAAUGUGUUCAAAAGUUAUCAGGGCAGACUCAUAGACUAAGUUAAAAAUACAGAAAGGGGUUGCAUUCUGAAUCAAGGAUACAAUUAUUGUAUGUAUUUUAUGAGGUUUCUGAUGCUUACCAGACAGUAUCCACCUUAGAACGGUGGAAAGCAGCAGGUGGAUGAAAAGAGUUCAGUAUAAAAUGCUCAGCCAUUGUACUGUGCUCGGCAGGAGUGAGGAGGAUGUGUAAGCUCAUGCUUCGUUUCUGCGAACCACAGUUUGCCACACAACCAAAAGCGGCAGUGAGCUUUGGCAGCCAUGUUAGGUAAGGGCAGCAAGAUGCCACUCAGGUGGCCAUCCUUUUUCUGGGCAGGAAGUCCAUGUACAUUUUAUGAUAGCCAUCAUAGCUGAGGGCAGAAACAGCCCACUCUAUGGCCAUCUUGGAUAAGGGCAAUGGAAGGGAGGUGACUGCCACAUUGGUCCCCUAAAGAGCCGGUGUCUGUUUCAGGAUGAUGAAAUGCAGCAGAGGUAGAGUUCAUGUGCGCACCUGCCAAACAUCUGGAUUUUGGUUUGAGUGUGCCAAAGUGCAGGAGAGAUUCUGUCGUCUUAAUCACUUGAUGAAAAAUAAGAUCUUUUGCUGAAGGAAGCCUGUUGUGAAUUCUAAGUUAACUGUGAUUGACUAGAGAAGAAACACACUGAGCAUUGUUAUAGGCCACUCCAUGCCAGGUUUCUGAAUAUUGUGCAAUGAUGAUCUAAAAGGCUACCAAAAUAUUAAUAUACAUCAGAUUAAGAUUGUCAGUGGGGUGGUGUUGUGAACCAGUUGCUUGGUGGGAGAUCCUGACUCAAGAAAGGUGGUUACAUUUUGAAUGAAUGAGGCAUACUGUAUAGCAAAAGUUCAAUUUCUAGUAUAAAAAUGAAGAUGCAAACUCAUAAUGAAAACAGAAUAAACAGGUUAAGGAUGAAGUUGGAGAUGUGCAGUUUUCUACUGAGUUCUCAUCCCUUAAACUCAUUCAUCAUCAAUUUGCUAAAUUAAUUUCUCAGUAAUACAAUAAAUUGUAUGUAUAAUUGCAUUAUUUUAAGCCAUGCCAAAUUUUAAAACAUGACAGUCAAUAAAGGCAUUUAUUGCUACACAGAGCAAUGUGGAAACAUACAGCAAAAUUUGAACUGUUAUUUACAUCCUAAUGUUGCAUCUUUUGCAAAACAAACUUGCCUCGGAAGUUGCUUCUGAGACAUUCAGAAUCAAGCUGAACUGUCUAAAGUAAGGAAUUGUUUUGGAGCAAUAGGUUCAUUUUCCUGGAGCUCUAGAUGUGUGAAUUUGAAUGUUAACAGUACAGAAAUGUAGAGCACAUCAAUCACUUCGUGUCCACUAGAGGACUGGGGGGAGGACUAGCUGUGCGGCAUGUCAGACUAAGUAGCUCAGACCAGUGUUUGCUGACUGAUAGUUGCUUUUGAGAUGCAGUGACUGAAAACGUAAUCACUUUUUUCUGAAGUAGGAAAAGCGGCCUCACAAAGUAAGUUAAACAAGGAGCAGCAAGAUUAUUGUGACACUGUGGUGAUUCUGCAAUUUGUUGAAAUAUUCCAGUUGCAAUUCUUGAUAAAAUUCACAGUAUUCUGUGCAUGCACCAUAGUGUGCAUCACUGGGCAGUCACAGGAGUAAAUGGUCUAGUUGCAGUGUAUGUCAAGACAGCGACAAUCCAAUUUGAAUUUUUGGAUACCUGUUUGGUUUAGGAGCUGCUGAAUACGUAUACAUUCUACAAAUGUGUUCUCUAGCAGUGUGUUUCUGUCCAUGCUGGUGUAUCAUGAGAAGAAAAUGGAGCAAGAUCAUGUCCUCAGAAUGAUGAUUAUUACUGGAAAAGAACAACAGGUAAUAUAUCCUCCACAUUCAAAACUCACAGAUAAAGAGAAAACCAAUAUUUGCUAUUUGUCUUUUCCAGAUUCUAAUUCAGGUUGUCUUGGGGACACACAGUUUUGUUUUAGAUUUCGACGAUCUCCUGGAAGGAAAGUCUCAUUGCGUUGUUUUCUGGACCAAUUGGAUAGAGAUCUACCAGUUUACUUAAAGAAAGAUCCAGCAUAUUACUAUGGCUAUGUACAUUUCAGACAAGUUCGAGACAAAUCAUUAAAAAGAGGCUAUUUCCAGAAGUCGCUGGUCCUCAUCAGCAAACUACCUUAUGUCCAUCUCUUUCGCACCAUGCUUAAGCAAAUAGCACCAGAAUAUUUUGAAAAAAGUGAAGCUUUCCUGGAAGCAGUUUGUAGUGAUGUUGAUCGCUGGCCACCACCAAUUCCAGGGAAAAUACUGCAUUUGCCUAUUAUGGGUAUUAUAAUGAAGUUGCGGAUUCCAACAUACCGUGACAAGCCUGGAACAACGCCAAUAGUGCAGAAUAUGCAACAGGUAGAUGCUCAGAUCUCCAUGGCUUUACCAACUGUUCAUGAAGUAGAUCUUUUCAGGUGUUUCUGUCCGGUGUUCUUUCACAUCCAGAUGCUUUGGGAACUAGUCCUGCUAGGAGAACCACUUGUUGUGAUGGCACCAUCACCAUCCGAAUCUUCAGAAACUGUGUUAGCACUUGUUAGUUGUAUUUCACCAUUGAAGUACUGCAGUGAUUUCAGGCCAUACUUUACCAUACAUGACAGUGAAUUCAAAGAAUAUACAACCCGCACGCAAGCCCCACCAUCUGUCAUUUUAGGGGUGACGAAUCCUUUUUUUGCUAAAACACUUCAGCACUGGCCUCACAUUAUCCGAAUUGGAGAUAUUAAACUUCCAGGUGAAGUUCCAAAGCAGGUGAAAGUGAAAAAACUGAAGAACCUAAAAACCUUGGACUCCAAACCUGGUGUUUAUACCUCUUACAAGCCAUACUUGAACAAAGAUGAAGAAAUUGUUAAACAGUUACAAAAGGGUGUACAACAGAAACGUCCUACAGAAGCACAGAGCGUGAUUCUUCGGCGGUAUUUUUUGGAAUUGACAGAAAGUUUCAUUAUUCCAUUAGAACGUUAUGUGGCAAGCCUAAUGCCUUUGCAAAAAUGCAUAUCACCAUGGAAGAGUCCACCACAGCUGAGGCAGUUCAGCCAAGAUGACUUCAUGAAGACAUUGGAAAAAGCAGGACCGCAGCUCACAUCAGGCUUAAAAGGAGACUGGAUAGGACUUUACAGGCAUUUUUUGAAAUCGCCCAACUUUGAUGGUUGGUUUAGGAGCCGGCAGAAAGAAAUGACACAGAAGUUGGAGGCCCUUCAUUUAGAAGCACUGUGUAAUGAGAACCUGGUUUUCUGGAGUCAGAAGCAUACUGAAGUAGAAACAGUGGAUCUUGUCUUGAAGUUAAAGAAUAAACUGUUGCAGGCUGACAGAGAACAGCUUCCUGUGAAAACUGACACACUGAAAAAGCUGCAGACACACAUCAAUGAUAUUAUACUAGCACUCCCAGAUGACUUACAGGACAUCUUGCUCAAAACGGGCACGUGAUUUCUACUGGACUUUUCUUUGUACAGAAAACAAAAGGCAAAUGUAGUUUCACAGAAGCCAGUGGCAUACCAACUUUGGAACACAGCUCUAAAUAGUACGUUAACACUACAAAUGGACUGUACUAAUAGUAUAGCCCACUAUACUAUUUUCACUGUUUUUUCUACUUAAAUACCAAUGCAACUAAAGGAAUUCCUGUGUCUAAUAAUGUUUGAAAUAAGUGCUCUUAAAGAAAAAUCUGUGGGCCUAUGGAACUAUACCACAGUAUAGGACCACAGUGCAGUGCUGGCAUUGCAGUAUGUUUUCUAAUUGGUGCUGCUACACCCAAUCCUGUUAACUCAGGGGUAAGCAAUAUUGAUCCUGUACUGUCCUGUUGAUGUAGUAUCUGAUUGCUUUUUUAAUUUUUGUUUUCAUCUAGUGAUAAACCCAACUGGCACAUUAUGUGACUUGGUCAGAAUACAUUAUAGUUGAGGUAUUUUACUGGUAAACCAUUGCUUUCAAAGCUGUUUCAGGGAGAGCUGAAAUAAUCAGAUUGGUUCUUAACUUUCUUCCUUUCUCCUUCUCACCGUCUUUCCAAAACCAUAUUAAUUUAGCAUCUUUAAAGAAGAGAAGGCAGCUGACAAAAACUUCCUGAAGAGAAGUCUCUUCCAUUCAAUGUCAGUUCAUUAGGGUGCUCUUACUCACAUGCCUUAAAUAUAAAAUAAUUGUAUACUAAUUGGUGUUUUUAAACUGCUGACAUUCAGGAUUUAAAGUGGAUUACUAGCGUAGAAGUAAGCAAGCAGUAUUCAUCACAGGAAAUAAACACGGUGGUGUUCUAAUACAGCUUUUUAAAUCGGUGAUUUCAGUAGAGUUAGCUCAUACACAAUCUGUUUCAGUUGGAGAUCAUAGCAGUGAGCUCCUGUUAUAAAUUUUUUAUAUUUUUCCUUUUUUUUUUUUUUUUUCUUUUUACUUAUACCAGUAGGAUGUUUGAAGAGGUAAUGGGGCUGGAGGGAGAAGAUGUUUACUUCAGCUGAAAAAAACAUAUGGAAAGGUCGCACUGUGGCAAGAAAAGAUUGUAGCAUGAAAUUAUUCAGUAUAUGCAUGGAGCAGACAUGCAUAACGAGUAAUUUCCUCUUGCAUAUUAAGCAACAAGAAUGUGAUGUUUAUCUUCUUGAACAAGUUUCAGUGGUAUAUUAAGAACUCAGCUGCUCCACAUGCAGUGUUGUACUUUGACCAGUUUCAAGUAAACUUAAUGCUAUAGUGUACAUACAGCAUACACUUUUAUAUGACAAGUGGUUCACAGUUAUAAAAUAAAAAAAAUCUGCUUUUAAGUGCUUGGAUAGAAUUUUUAAAAACUUACAACAUAAUCCUGCUACAAGAAUAUGCUUUUGUAUGGUAAAUACUUCAUACCAUCUUUCUAAAAAUGUCUUAUUUAGAUAUAAAGUGUCACAGUGGUAUUUUUAUGAUAAUACGUAUUUUAAUACUGUUAUGGUUCGUAUGCCUCUAUUGGUUAAUGUCUCUAUUAUGUUACUCAAACUACACCACUUCAGCAUUAAUUUCUAACUUGCAGAUAUUUUUUGCACACCCUGAUGAAUAGCAUUUCUAAUCCAGAAAUUAGUAAGUGGACAUUCUUAUACUAAAUUAUCUUAAAAUAUUUAACCUGGAGCACUGUGUAGUUUCUUGGAACCAUGUAAACUGCUAUCAACUAUGAUAACUAUCACAUGACUGCAAAUAUGUAUUUUUGUAAAAGGAAAUAAAGGGUUUGAUUUUUAU